AUGGCUAAGCAAGAAUACUACAAAAAACUACGUGCGUUGAAUUUUGCAAAGUAUAUGAUGAAAAGGAGUGCAACUCCUAUUACAUUUCAGUGGUUAACAGAUCCUGAAAUUGAACUCCAUGUAGAGAUCUACAACGCUACAAAAAUCUUCUCAAUAAGCCAUAGAAGUUUGUACGUUAGGUUUUUCAACACUUGUUUUGGCAAAUUCAUUUACACAUUUUUAAUGAUCUUCGGAUAUUCAAUUAUUCUUGAUGAUAUUUUCAUAUUGUUGGCCAAAUACGAGAAGGUCAGAGUCAAAAGGAAAAUAUCACAUGAUGGCUCCUUGAAAUGCCCAGCAUUCAAAGCAGAUCCACAAUUUUCACAAGAAGAAUACAAUUCACAAUCAUUCAACUACCUUCAGAUUUAUGAAACAAGUCCCGCCUACUAUCAGUGCCUCAAUGCGGAAUUACAAAAAUGCCAGUACAACAAUCAAUACUCAUUUGCACAGCCAGUUGUUUAUCCAGGCGGUCAACCAGGAUACGGAUACCCUCCUCAAGAAGGAAUUCCACCUCAACAGCCAGGCUACGCAUAUCCACCACAACAAGGAGUCUAUCCACCACAACAAGGAUAUCCACAGCCAGAUUAUCCACAACAAGAAUACCAAAAUCAACAGCAAUUUUAUGGAGUUCCUAAUCCACCAACUCCUCAACAACCACCAGAAGAAACCAAAGGUGACGAAGUGUAA